AGUGACUACCACCCACUCUCACCCAACCCCAGCCUGUAUAGGUAUAGAUACACCCAGCUGUAUCUAUCACCGUCUCUGCAUAUCUGUGCUUCCAAGAGAGAGAAACCACAAGCAGAGGACAGAGGAAGUGACUGUGCUGAGGAGGGGGGGGCCAUUUUGUGCUGCCAUUGAACUAAUCCAUCAUUAGAGCUUCAAUUGAGUUUCUACAGUGUGUAGAGGUGGACGACAAUGGGGAAGUCGCCUGGGAAAUGGAUCAAGACCAUACUCUUCGGAAAGAAGCAUUCCAAAUCCAGUUUAUCCAAAAGUGCUUCAAAAACUCCGGCGGCGGCGCCGGAUCAAUCUGGAAACGCUCCGGUGAUAUCAGAUCCCGAAAGGGGCGUCGAAAAUUUGGAAAUCGAGAAGGGAUCAUCAGCCCUGAUAAGUGAUGCUACUGCUUUAUCGUUAUCUUUAUCUCCCGGCGAUCAAACUGUCGUUUCGCCGAGCAAUAAUAUGUCUGCUCCGGUCAGCGACGCCGAGGCGAGGAGGCAAGAACAAGCUGCCACGGUGGCGCAAGCAGCUUUCCGGGGAUACUUGGCACGCCGCGCAUUCCGGGCGCUCAAGGGUAUCAUAAGGCUGCAGGCUCUUAUUCGGGGGCAUCUCGUUCGACGACAGGCGGCCUCCACUUUGCGGUGUAUGCAGGCGAUCGUGAAGCUUCAGGCGUUGGCCCGCGGACAAAAGGUGAAUGUUGGGGUGUACUCAUUUUCCCGAUCGCGUAAGCCGGAAAAAAACAUCUUUGUCCGAAAGUUUCUUGUGAAUAUGCCGAUCGCUACGCCCCUCAGCCUUCAGUAUGAUCCAACCGAACCAAAUUCAGCUUGGAACUGGCUCGAGCGAUGGUCGGGAUCUCACUUUUGGGAGCCACCGACGUCGUUGAAACGAACAAAGGCAAAGGGUAACAGGAAGCAGAGCAACGCCGAGGCCGCCACCGAAACUGUAGCCGGAAAAUCGAGAAGGACUUUCCGGAAAGUUCCACCUGCGACGAACGUGGAAAACGGCGCGACCGAAACGGAAAAGCCCAAAAGUACACCGAGGAAAGCUCCUGCAAGUAGUCAACCGGAGUCCGUACAAGAGCAGCCGCAGAACGAACUCGAGAGGGUUAAACGUAACUUGAGAAAGAUCACGGCUUCGGCGAACGAGUCUGCCGAGAAAACAGAGACGGAAUCCGAGAAGCAGCCACUGGUUUUGAGUGUGGAAAUCGCAACUACUGACGUACCCGGACAGGUCACGGCGAUUGCUUCUGAAACUGUGGCUGAUUCGGAUGUCGUAGCCGAUGAAGGAGAUCUGGUCGAAGCUCCUUCAAAUACGACGGUGGAUGAACCGGUUGAUGCAACUAGCGAUAAUCAUACGACUACGGGUACUCAUUCCAUCGAGAAUGGUGUGAAAUUGGAUGGUCCUCCUAUCGUGUACGACGAGUCGAUCUGCAAAGAAGAGAAGAGCGGAAAAGAGAUUGGAAAAGUUCGAAAGAGGAGGUCGCUUAUGACGAAACAAGAAUGCCCGGAAAAUAUCUCGCAAAACUCCCCAAGCCUGCCGAGCUACAUGGCAGCGACUGAGUCCGCCAAGGCGAAGCUGCGCGCCUUAGGAUCGCCUAAGCUCGCUGAAGAUGGAGCUGAAUUCGGAUUUACACGUCGCCAUUCUCUGCCGGCCUCGACCAAUGGGAAAUUGAGCUCGUCGUCGCCAAGAGUACAGAAACACCUCCAAGCUAAUGGAAAGGGAGGUAGCAAAACUAAUAAGUCUUUGAUGUCCUCUCGAGACGACAAGGCUGCUCAGCCGGGAUGGAAGCGGUAAAGAAUCUUACAGUCUAUGGAAGCGGACACAAUGAUAAGUCACCGUUACAUUUGCUCGCGUGUUUUUUCGUCAUGUCAUGUGUGUAUAGUCAUAGUUAAAGACUCCCCCGACUAAUUUAAAUCUUCGCGCUCGUUUGCUGUGCUCUAUAAUUUCAUUUGAUGUUUACUCUUUACUGUUACGGAGGCAUUGCGAACCGGCUAUGUUUCUUCAUGUAUCUUACCGGUUUUUCGUCGAAACUUAUUGAUUUAUUUCGAAUGGAAGAGUGUUUUUUUUAUUACA